UCUGGACUGUCUCUUCCAGCCUGAGGCUCUGCAGGUGCGGGCUGCUCUCAACCUGUACUUGUGCUCAGUUUCCAGGCACUUGGGCUGGUUGGCCUGCAGGAGUCUGUAAGGUACAUCGCAGUCCUGAAGAAGACUACGCUUGCCCUCCAUCACCUCUCCAGUGGGCACCUCAAGUGGGUGGAACAUCUCCCAGAAAGUGACAGCAUCCACUACCAGAUGGUGUAUUCUUACGGCUCUGGGGUGGUGUGGGCCCUCGGAGUUGUUCCCUUCAGCCAUGUGAACGUUGUCAAGUUUAAUGUGGAAGAUGGAGAGAUUGUUCAGCAGGUUAGGGUUUCAACUCCAUGGCUGCAGCACCUGUCCGGAGCCUGUGGUGUGGUGGAUGAGGCUGUCCUGGUGUGUCCUGACCCGAGCUCACGUUCCCUCCAAACUUUGGCUCUGGAGACGGAAUGGGAGUUGAGACAGAUCCCGCUGCAGUCUCUCGACUUAGAAUUUGGAAGUGGAUUCCAACCCCAGGUCCUGCCUACCCAGCCCAACCCAGUGGACGCUUCCCGGGCCCAGUUCUUCCUGCACUUGUCCCCAAGCCACUAUGCUCUGCUGCAGUACCAUUACGGAACCCUGAGUUUGCUUAAAAACUUCCCACAGACUGCCCUAGUGAGCUUUGCCACCACUGGGGAGAAGACGGUGGCUGCAGUCAUGGCCUGUCGGAAUGAAGUGCAGAAAACUAGCAAUUCUGAAGAUGGGUCAAUGGGGAGCUUUUCGGAGAAGUCUAGUCCAAAGGACUCUCUGGCUUGCUUCAAUCAGACCUACACCAUUAACCUAUACCUCGUGGAGACAGGUCGGCGGCUGCUGGACACCACGAUUACAUUUAGCCUGGAACAGAGCGGCACUCGGCCUGAGCGGCUGUAUAUCCAGGCGUUCUUGAAGAAGGAUGACUCAGUGGGCUACCGGACUUUGGUGCAGACGGAGGAUCAUCUGCUACUUUUCCUGCAGCCGUUGGCCUAA